GCAUGCGCGCUGCGUCCCCCCGCGCUGGGCUUGUCGUUGCAGCUUUAAGAGAGGGCUCGCGGCCUGGCGGGUCCGACCCCCCCCCCGCCGCCCUGAGGGAGCCGCCGGGCCCCCCCAGCCCCAGCCCCCUCCGGCCGCGGCACGGCGCGGGGCCGGCCCCGGCACCCCGUCGACCCUCCCCCCGGCGACCCCCGACGUGAGGGGGGAGGGGAAGAAAAGACUGAGAGGGAGUGACCCCCGGCCCCCCGCCCCGGGCCGGGACAGCUGAGGGGGGGGCGCGACAUGGCGGAGGCCAAGGAGGAGGGGCCCGGCCCCCGCGCCAGGUUUGAAGAUAAAUCUGAUGCGGUAUUUGAUAUUACAGAAAAAUGUGGUGAAAUUCUGGAUGCAGAAAUGUCUGAGGACACUGACCACAACUUAACACCUGCCCUCGACAGCAUAUCUUACGGAAUACAGAAUCGAACAGGAUCUGAAAACUCACUGCUGGAUGAUGAUGAUGAUGAUUAUUUUCUGAACUCUGGGGAUCUUGCAGGCAUACCUGUUGUUGGGAGUGACAACGAAGAUGAUCAAAAUUUCACUCCAAAAGACACUCUUUCUUCAGCGAUUCAUGAUGAAGACCAUCUGGAAGAGGGCAAGAGAGUUACAGAACAUGAACUGGACAAUGAAAAAGAAAUUCAGAUUCAGAAUGCAAUCCAGAAGGAUCUCACUUCACCUUUUGAGCAGGGCCCUGUAUUUAAAUCAAUUCGAAAAGAUUUUAGCAUAACAAGAGAUAAUGGCAAAGAGACUUUUUCAGCAAAGGACAAGAAUAGAGAAGGACAUUUUCAAGAACGUGAAAAACGGUUGGAAAAAAUCCCUAAAGAUAUGGAUUCUAGAUUGAAAAGCAGUUUUCUUGACAAAGCAGUUCAUAAUCAAGUAGAAGAAACAUUACGGACGCAGUUAGCGCCACAAACUCCAGAAACUAACUUCAGGGAGUCUAGCUACCUAUUUUCUAGUAAGGAAUCUAUUGGACAAGAGCUGGGGAAUUCCUUUGCACCAAAUAUUAGAAUUAAGGAGGAGCCUUUGGAUGACGAAUAUGAUAAAGCUAUGGCCCCACAGCAGGGACUAUUAGACAAAAUUAAAGAUGAACCUGAUAAUUCCGAGGAGUACGGCCAACAGCCAAAAACUCAGGAAGGGGAGCUGAAAAUCAGUGCUGUAUUUUCAGUCAGUGGCAGUCCUCUUGCUCCACAGCUGUCAUCAGGUUUCCAGCCUGCUGUGGCAUCCUCUGGCAUGAGUAAAAUGCUUCCUUCAGUUCCAACCACAGCUGUUCGGGUUUCCUGUUCUGGCUGUAAAAAAAUCCUGCAGAAGGGGCAAACUGCAUACCAGAGGAAAGGCUCUACCCAGCUCUUCUGCUCCACACUGUGCCUCACUGGAUACACUGUUCCAGCUUCUCGCCCACCAGCUUCUACCAAGAAAACCUGCUCAAGCUGCUCAAAAGACAUUCUAAAUCCAAAGGAUGUAAUCACUGCCCAGUUUGACAACACAAGCACCACUAAGGAUUUCUGCAGCCAGUCGUGUCUUUCUACAUACGAACAGAAAAGGAAGCCUGUUGUUACUAUUCAUACUACCAGCAUUUCAACCAACUGCAGCAUGUGCCAGAAGAACGCAGUGAUUAGGCACGAAGUGAACUACCAGAACGUCGUACACAAGCUCUGCAGCGAUGCCUGCUUCUCCAAGUUCCGCUCAGCUAACAACCUGACCAUGAACUGCUGCGAGAAUUGCGGAGGGUACUGCUACAGUGGCUCUGGCCAAUGUCAUGUCCUUCAAAUAGAGGGACAGUCAAAAAAGUUCUGCAGUUCAACAUGUGUGACAGCAUACAAGCAGAAGUCAGCUAAAAUUACACCUUGCACGCUGUGUAAAUCUUUGAGAUCUUCAGCCGAGAUGGUAGAGAGCACAAAUAACUUGGGAAAAACGGAACUGUUUUGCUCUGUUAACUGCUUGUCAGCGUAUAGAGUGAAAAUGGUUACUUCUGCAGGUGUUCAAGUUCAGUGCAACAGCUGUAAAACUUCAGCAAACCCUCAGUAUCACUUGGCUAUGUCAGAUGGGAGCAUACGCAAUUUUUGCAGCUACAGUUGUGUAGUAGCUUUUCAGAAUUUGUUCAACAAGCCUGCAGGAAUGAACUCCUCCGUGGUACCUCUGUCGCAAGGUCAAGUCAUUGUAAGCAUUCCGUCGGGGGCAACAGUAUCGGCAGGUGGCACCACCUCGACUGUGUCCCCCAGCAACACGAGCAGUUCAGCUGCAGCUGGUCUACAGAGGCUGGCUGCCCAGUCCCAGCAAGUCACUUUUGCCCGUCCUGUUGUAAAACUCAAGUGUCAGCACUGUAACAGAUUGUUUGCAACCAAACCAGAACUGCUUGACUACAAGGGUAAAAUGUUCCAGUUUUGUGGGAAGUCCUGCUGUGAUGAAUAUAAGAAGAGGAGCGGUGUAAUGGCAAUGUGUGAAUACUGCAGAAUUGAGAAAAUUAUCAAGGAGACAGUGCGAUUCUCAGGCAUAGAUAAGCCGUUCUGUAGUGAAGGUUGUAAACUGCUCUAUAAACAUGACUUGGCUAAGCGCUGGGGAAACCACUGUAAAAUGUGCAGUUACUGUUUACAGUCUUCCCCCAAACUGGUCCAGAAUCACUUUGGGGGGAAGAUGGAGGAAUUUUGCUCAGAGGAGUGCAUGUCUAAAUUCACAGUUUUGUUUUACCAGAUGGCAAAGUGUGAUGGUUGUAAGAGGCAAGGUAAACUCAGUGAGUCCAUGAAAUGGCAAGGGGAGAUCAAGCAUUUUUGCAAUCUGCUUUGUAUUCUGUUGUUCUGUAAUCAGCAAAGUGUUUCUGACCCUCCGCCCCCAAACAACACAGCAAACCUUUCCAUGGCACCAGCUUCCUCAUCAGGCCCUCCUUCUUUGAGAAAGGACUCAACCCCUGUCAUAGCAAAUGUGGUGUCCCUUGCAAGCACCCCUGCUGCCCAGCCCACGGUUAACUCCAACAAUGUUUUACAGGGUGCAGUCCCUACUGUGACAGCAAAAAUAAUAGGAGAUGCUAGUACUCAGACAGAUGCCCUAAAGCUGCCACCAUCGCAACCGCCAAGGCUUCUGAAAAACAAAGCAUUAUUGUGCAAGCCAAUCACACAGACUAAGGCCACCUCGUGCAAACCUCACACACAAAACAAAGAAUGCCAGACAGAAGAAGUUGUUCAACCCCAGAUGAUAGUGGUACCUGUUCCUGUACCAGUGUUUGUGCCAGUACCCCUUCACCUCUACACUCAGUACACACCAGUUCCACUUGGGAUGCCAAUACCUGUACCAGUUCCCAUGCUCUUACCAGCUACCCAGGAUAACGCUGAGAAGACCAUUGAAACUAUUCAGGAUAUCAAGGAAAAGAUUCCCACAAAUCCAUUUGAAGCUGAUCUCCUUCAGAUGGCAGAAAUUAUUGCAGAAGAUGAGGAGAAAGAAAAAACACACUCACAUGGUGGGUCUCAAACAUCUGAGCAUGAGCUCUUCCUGGACCCCAAGAUAUUUGAGAAAGACCAAGGUAGCACUUAUAGUGGAGAUCUAGAAUCCGAAGCAGUGUCCACUCCACACAGCUGGGAGGAUGAGUUAAAUCACUAUGCCUUACGAUCAAAUGCCCUGCCAGAACCAGAUCCAGAACUGAAGCAGUUGUCCAAAGGUGAUGUGGAACAGGACCUGGAGGCAGAUUUUCCAUCAGACUCAUUUGACCCGCUCAGUAAAGGACUGGGUUUGCAUUCACGUUCACGAGCAAGACGGAGACAUAGAGAUGGCUUCCCACAGCCAAAAAGACGGGGACGGAAAAAGUCUGUCGUUUCUGUAGAGCCCCGGAAUCUGAUGCAGGGCUCCUACCCAGGCUGCUCUGUUUCUGGGAUGACCCUAAAGUAUAUGUAUGGGGUAAAUGCCUGGAAAAACUGGGUCCAAUGGAAAAACGCACAGGAGGAACAAGGGGACCUGAAGUUUUCAGUUCGUCCUGUGAAACUCAAGGAGGACAUUCUCUCAUGCACUUUUGCUGAGCUGAGUUUUGGCUUGUGCCAGUUUAUUCAAGAGGUGCGGAGACCAAAUGGAGAAAAAUACGAUCCUGACAGCAUCUUAUACUUGUGCCUUGGAAUUCAGCAGUACCUGUUUGAGAAUGGUAGAAUAGAUAACAUUUUUACCGAGCCCUAUUCCAGGUUUAUGAUUGAACUUACAAAACUUUUGAAAAUCUGGGAACCUACAAUUCUUCCAAAUGGUUAUAUGUUCUCAAGAAUUGAAGAGGAGCACUUGUGGGAAUGUAAACAGCUGGGUGCAUAUUCCCCAAUUGUUUUAUUGAACACACUUCUGUUCUUCAACACCAAAUACUUCCAACUAAAGAAUGUCAGUGAGCACCUGAAACUAUCCUUUGCCCAUGUUAUGAGACGUACUCGAACUCUGAAGUAUAAUACUAAGAUGACAUAUUUACGUUUUUUCCCACCCUUUCAAAAACAAGAGGUAGAAUCAGAUAAAUUAUCUGUAGGCAAAAGGAAACGCAGUGAAGACGAAGAGAUUCCAACAGCAGUGGAAAUGGCUGAAAAUACGGAUAAUCCCCUGCGAUGUCCAGUCCGGCUUUAUGAAUUUUACUUAUCAAAAUGUUCUGAAAGCGUGAAGCAGAGAAGUGAUGUAUUUUACCUUCAACCUGAGCGCUCCUGUGUACCCAAUAGCCCCAUGUGGUAUUCCACAUUGCCAAUAGACCCAGGAACCUUGGACAUCAUGUUAACACGUAUUCUUAUGGUGAGGGAGGUACAUGAAGAACUUGCCAAAGUCAAAUCAGAGGACUCUGAUAUUGAGUUAUCAGACUAACUGAAGUCGGGUAUUUUCCUUUGAAUACACAUCAGAAGCACCAAACUGUGAAUACAUCCAGCCUUUGGAAAAUGUGUAUCAAAUAAGCCACGAUAACGUCACCUACAGGCAUAUUUUGAACCACAGUGGAUGUACAAACUGGAACUGGAGGGAAGCAAGCUGUGUAAGCUACAAGAAACAAUGUCCUGUGGCACCGAUAAAUCCUCUGAACAAAUUCAAGAUGAACUAACCUAUUGGAGUGGUGCAUAAAUCCUUUAUCUGUUUAGGAUUUUAAAAAGUUGUGAGAUAUUUUUAAGGCAAAUGGUUGUGUAAAAUCUACCAUAACAAUGUUGGGCAUGGAGAGCUAGACUGUGGCUCACGUGACUUCUCAGCCUGGUGGCCGGCAGACCUUGCUGCCAAAGAACACAUGGAGAUAGAUCCUAGGCCCCUUCACGAGGACAGGAGAGAAUGUGGUGGUAUUUAGACAAACAGACGCCUUCCCUCAUAAAUGCACGUGCACAUAUGCUUUUAUAAUUUUUUUGAAACUGGGAUCAAAUGUCAGGUAGGCAGAAGCCACUGGCGUGCCUGCCAGGGAAGUUAUCUAAGUGGACAACUGUCUGGCUGCUGUUAAACGGUCGCACGGUGCCAGAAUCUAGCUCUCAGUCCAGGCUAAUACCAACUCGAGCUCUGUUCAGUCUUCGACGUGGAAGAGGUGCUGUAGGUCAAACUUCAGCGCCGAUCAUGUUACGGGACGAACGUUUCUGGGGUAUGUACAGGAGAGUGACUGUCCUGGGGUAUGUGCAGAAAAUCCCUUACCUAGCCCAGUAGCUCUGCAGUCUGUCGAUAUAAUCUAGCAAAUACUGUGGUGCGCGGAAAUUUUUUUUCCCUUAAGGCAGCUUUCCUUUCUCCUCUUUCCCCACUCCUAUGUUUUCGGUUAUUUUAUAAGGCAAAUCUGGAGGGCCUUGUCAUUUCAACUGAAAGAUACAUGCACUCUUUCUCUUUCCACCUUUGCAACGCAUGCAGUGUUGUACAAAGGAUGCAGUAUUACUUUUGAUAACAGAUCUGUGGUAGAAAAUUACCAUGUGUGUUUUUUUCCCACCCCACCCAAAGAGAGUUAGUCAUAGCGUUGGAAAUCGAAAGAGAUUUUUUUAGGGCUUGGCUGUUACUGCAUCUUUUUGAAGAGAAAAGCUCCCACAUUGUGUGUAGAGGACGGGACGAUAUCAGAUUCUGUCUGAUAUCUCUGUUUUCUCAAGCUAUAGAUGUGUGUUUCUGAUGACCAGUGAUCACAAAUUCAUUGGAAACCCAAACUAUUUUUAAAGAAGAGAAUUGUAUGGUUUUUAUCUAGCUCUGGUCAGUUAUCCAUCUUCUGUAACAGGGGUCUGAUAUUUGAUCUUGUCACUAAAAUUUCAAGAGGUGAAAAUCAACAGCCUUGAAUUAUAUUUCCUUUUUUUUUUUGUUUCGGUUUGGUUUUUUUCAUUAUUUUUUUAGCAGUAACAAAAGUAAUUUAACAAAAAUAAAAUCAGAAAGUAGUCUGUUGACGUUGUGUACUUGGUAGUCCUGUCCCUGCCUGUAACAGAUUUCACUGAUGUAUUUUUUAAUACAGAAAACUAUGUGAAAAGUAAACCUGCCCCUGAUUCUGUCUGAUCAAAGCCCAUCUGUGUCUGUCAUUUCUGAUCGAAGAUACUGCUCUCUCCAUGUCCUGGCCUAGCGCUCCCGGGGGAGGUCUGUCGGCCGUAAUAGGUACCCUGCCAGUAAACUACCCCGGCACUUGGAGGCUCGGGGAUGCUCCUGUAGGCUGAUUGCUUGUCCUGUGAACGCUAACCUGUCCCUCCCCAUAGGUAUAUUAAAUAGUGAAAUAGCAGGCACGGUAUUUUGUAUUGGGGUGGUUGAUAGAACGUUUCAGGGAAAACAAAAUCAUUCUGGAAAGAUUAGUGUAUAGGUCUGUAGGGGAUAAGAGAAGUCUGAGCUGUGUCUGUUGUGCACAGGUUGUGCCCACAACCUCCAUGUCAGAGGAGAGGGGAAGGACGCAGGAACUGCUGCAUUCGCUGGGCAUUCCCGCAAGGGUGCAGCUGGCCUGGGCUGCAGCAGGCUGCCUUUGCCCGCUCCCUCCUUCCCUGACCGCCCCCGCGAGCAGUUCGGACAAGCUGCUGGGAGGGCAGGCUUUCGUUGGGUGGGGAUUGUCUAAAAACAAUACCACAUCUGAGUUUUCCCUUAAUAGACAUUAACAGAAAUAUUCCCAUAGAAUAAAGUAGCAUAUUCGUAUCUUAUAAGAAACAUACUCAUUUUUCUUUCUCUGAAGACCUUUGCUCUUCCUUGUCUGUGAACACCUUCAUGUACGUUAAUUUUUUCCAGGUACUUGCAGUGGAAGAUAUUUCAUAUUCUCUCAGCAAGGAGAGUUAAAUCACUUUAAGCCUGCCUGGCUGAAAGCAAAGUUGUUAAACAUUGCGCUAACUCCUUUUACUUCGUGGCUCUGAGAUGAGAUGGGUUUCAGUGCGGUUUGAUGAUAUAAUUAACAGUACAAGUAGUUUUAGUUUCCAUUUCUCUGGUCAGAUACCCUGUGCUUGGAGGCCCUUUGUGCAUUGCCUGGGAUGUGCCUGGGCUAUCUUUGCCUCUCGAGGAAUUUCUAGUCAGCCCAACUAGAGUUCACACUGACUUACAAGAUGGAUUAUCUUGAAAGAUUAAAAUACAUGUACAGAUCAUACACACAGGACCAAAGUUCUGAACACAUGGACAAGUUGUAAUAAACAGAUCUGAAUCAUUUGCUGACCUUGCAACAUUUAUUACUUGAAAUAUUCUUUUAAGGAGAAGAAUCAUGCUGUAGUCUCAGUGUGGACAGAGAAACGACAAAUAGGAGUUUGAGAAAUUAAAAUAGAAGGCGAUGCUUCCUGCUAACAGGGUUUCUAUUGCUAUGCCUUCCCAGGGCUAGGCACACGUUAACUCCCCUCACUUUUCAGCAUGCAGGGAGGACGGCAUAGCUGCGCGGAGCGGUUUGAGAGCGUGGAAGCGAGCAUGUCGUUACCGAGCGUAUUCACGGUUCUGGCUGCUAACGCAAGGCUUUGGAUUUUGCAGUGUGGCUGUUACCUCCGCGGCGCCGGCAGCGUCCUGGCAGUUCUCACUGCGAGAGGUGCUCGGUGCAAACCUGCUGCUCUCUCCUGGCUUCGGCUGACUGAAGAAGGAAACUGGGGGCAUGUUGAAUGCCACAAAAUUAGGUACAAAAAGAAGUUAGAUUAUCUUACAAAUCAUUCUGCCAACUACUGUUCUAAAAGAAACCUCUGGAUUUCUCUGGCAGCAGUCUCCAGCCGAGGAUGGCUCCUCAGAGACUUGAAAUCAAACGGCAGCAAAGUCACUCCUUCCAUGUUCCCCAGGGCGUGCUCCCACAACGGCGCGGCUCCACCAGUGCCGUUUUAGUGCCAGGGUCACAGAAGUGACUCUGAACGUGCAAUAAAUAUUUUGCUUUUUGAUAACAACCUCAGUAACUCUUCCCAGUCCGUAAGCAAUAGUUUCACUGUUGCCUUAAAAAAAAAAAAAAGAGAACAAGUGCUCGUGUAUGAAAUCCUCACGGCGCUCUUGCAAACCACCGUCGCCGUGCUCGCUGUCUAGGCGGGAGUUUUGCUCCCAUCAGCACAACAGAUGCCGCCUUCUUUUUCUUUCAUGCCUCAUCCAUUUUAAACAUCCCUAACAGAGCAGAGGCAAAAUUAAGGUUUGCUGUCUCCUAAAUAGCUGCUCGUCUGCAGUGUGUCCCCAGCAGCAUCAUCAGCCUCACAAGGCUCAAAGAAAUAACAAGUUUUGAGCGCUGGAGCUACUGAGCAGUUAUUGUUCCUUUCUUUUGCAAGAAAAGUAUCCAACUUUGAGGAUGGUGUUUUGUAACUGAGUAUGAGCACAAAAAAUCUGUAAAAAUUGCGGAUCAUUGCUGAGGAGAAGGUCUAGAAGGAGUUUUAGGAGCAGUGAAGCUGGGUGGGAGCGUACUCUGCCUCUUGGAGUUGCAGGUCUUGCCUCGCUGAUGGCUGGUACGAGUGGAGCACUGGUUUUCAUCUCAUCCUUGGCAGAGGAAAUGGCGAGACUAGUCCCUACACGAUCACGUUGUCUCUUGUCUUACUGUGGUCAGCUGCUUGAGAGAAAUCUCUCCCCAGCAUGAUGGCUGCAGAUCUGUCGGGCAGGUAGGACUAACUCUGCUUUUAUAUCUUCCCUGGAAGGAAGUUGUUGGCUUGAAAAGGGGGGUGGGGGUGGGUAGAGUGGUUUUGCACAGUAUUAUUGCAUUUGUUAAAAAGUUGAGUCCAGCCCUCUCUUAGAAGUUGGAUUUUUUUUAAACUGAGUGGGAGAUUACUCAGUUAUCUGUCCUGUGGCAUAAAUGGAUCCGCUCUGACUUCAUCCCGUGGCUCCCGUGUCAAGCCCACAGCACCUGGCUAAGACGUAAGAUCUUGCAUUUUUAUCUUCAGUUCCCUCCCGCCACCAUUUCCAAGAAGCAUUUGAUAACUUUUGUGUUGUGCUUUAUGAAGAAACUCUUGGCCAUGCCAGAAAGAACGAGUAAUAACGGCGUGAGUGGUGGCAGAGGAGCCAUUGGAGGGUGCUGGGCAGGGGCCGGGCGGUGGGAUGCUCUCUCCGGGUCCUGGCCUGGCUUGGGCAGGUGGGCGAUUGUGCAGGGCAAGAAACGAAUAUGAGCGUUUAAGUGUCUGGGGUUGAUUAUUUUAUAGUCAAAGCGUCUCAGUUGGACGCAAUUAAGAAAAAUCAGUGAAUGUGGGCACAAGUCAUAGAGGGGAUGAGCUUAGAGAGAACCUGAGUCGAAAAGCGUGUCAGUUCCCGCACCUAGCGUGCUAGCUCUUCUGCUGCUUCGGGGCAAAGUGCAAAAUCUGCAACAGCUCUUUUUUAGUUUUUUCAAGUUUCAUCAAUAGAUGCUGCUGCCGUGGAGCUCAUUAGUGCUCAGUCGAUGGCACCAGUGCUAGAUCUGGUCCAGGGAGUGUUGCAAGGCUGUAGGAUGAUUUUUAAGAGUCAUAAAGGCUCAGAGGAGCCCAGGAGUCUUGGAUUCUUCUAGCCACACUACUUCAAUUUCCUUUGAACGGUAACAUUCACUAAGCUAAUGGUUUUUCAACAGACAAAUGUUUUUUUAUUAAAGAAACAAAACCUGAAAUAGCUUAGAUUUUCACCUGCUUAGAGGACAAGAGGGACUUUACUACAAUAAACAGGCAAGCUAGACAAAGCAUCAAACGCUGAAUCUCGAACUGCAUCCCAGGUGCACCAUUUUAAUCAACACAAAUGCGAUCGGCCUUCCCGGCGUUCAGCCUUACGGACGCGGGCUGCACUAGCCACGGUAGCUAGGGCUUGGUUAUGUCGUGCUUCGUAGCUGACCGUUAGAUAUGCCAGCGACCGGCAUGCCUGGGGUCUUAGGGCUACGAGUCCUGCACUUCUUGUUCUCUCUUCUACAUAUUUAUACCGCAAAAGGCCAGAACGAGUUGAAAAGGUCAUUUUGCCCUCUGGGAGCCAGGCUUCUUCCCUUAAGGGCUUGGGUGUCGACUCGACUUUCUCCCCACUUAAGCCACUGACUCAUUAUAUCGCCCAGGCUCCAGCGUGCGCUUCACGUCACUAGUGUUGUAUCGAUGAAGCCUCGUGUUUCGUCCCUUGCCAAUCUGUACCUCGGUUGUACCCAUCUGUAAAUUGGCCAGACUUUCCUACCUCGUUUGGGCAUUAUGAGGCUAAAUUCUGUAGGAUGCUUUGCAGCCCCGUGAUGAAAGGUGCUAUAUAACUGCAAAGUGUUACUUCAAAAGAUUUAAAUAGGUCACCAGUGCAUCAUAACCUAUAUUAAAAAGACUUUUUCUUAUAUGAGAAUUUAUAGAGUUCAAUGUAUGGUAUUAAUAAGUGAAUUAUUGAGACCCCAAAAAUAGUUUUUGUUUGAAUCGUAUCUGUAUUCUGGAAAAGUGAUUAAAAACCUUUAACCUUAAUAAAA